CCCACCUCCAAUGGCGCUCUCCAUCUCCGCACCGACCUCCUCCUCCCUCCUGCCGGCCUCCUUCCAGGUCGGCAGGCGGAGCUCGUGGGCGGCGAGGUCGUCGGCCAAGCCCGUGGCCCCUGGCCUCCGGAGGCCGGCUGUCGCGGCUCGUGUGGCCGCCGGUGGCAACGCCCCGUCGUCCUCCUCCGUGGGAGAGGUGGUUACUGAGCUUGAUGCCGUGGCUAGCUUCAGCGAGAUCGUGCCGGACACCGUCGUGUUCGAUGACUUCGAGAAGUUUGCGCCGACCGCCGCCACGGUGAGCUCGUCGCUGCUGCUUGGCAUUGCUGGCCUCCCUGAUACUAAGUUCAAGAGUGCGAUAGAUACGGCGUUGGCAGACGGUGAAUGUAACACCUUGGAGAAGCCCAAUGACCGGAUGUCCUGUUUUCUUACCAAGGCCCUGGCAAAUGUUGGAGCUGAGUUGGCUCAUCUAGUCCCUGGUCGGGUGUCGACAGAAAUAGACGCACGGUUGGCUUAUGAUACCCAAGGAAUUAUCCAGAGGGUUCAUGAACUGUUGAAGCUGUACAAUGACCAUGAUGUCUCAUCAGAACGUCUUCUAUUCAAAAUUCCUGCGACAUGGCAAGGUAUAGAGGCCUCAAGGUUGCUUGAAUCUGAAGGGAUUCAAACACAUUUAACGUUUGUAUACAGUUUUGCCCAAGCAUCAGCUGCAGCGCAAGCUGGUGCAUCUGUUGUACAAAUCUUUGUGGGACGUGUUCGGGAUUGGGCAAGGACUCACUCUGGUGACCCAGAGAUUGAUGAUGCUUUAAAGAAAGGAGAAGAUGCUGGGCUUGCUUUGGCAAAGAAAGUGUAUGCCUACAUUCACAAAAAUGGGUACAAAACAAAGCUGAUGGCCGCUGCCAUACGCAACAAGCAAGAUGUCUUUAGCCUCCUGGGGAUUGAUUACAUCAUUGCACCUCUGAAGAUAUUGCAGUCCCUGGAGGAAUGUGUCACUGAUACUGAUGUGAAGUAUGGUUAUGUCCCAAGGUUGACUCCCGUUCUUGGCAAGACGUACAACUUCACCGAAGAGGAGCUUGUGAAGUGGGACCAAUUGAGUCUAGCAGCUGCAAUGGGGCCAGCUGCAGAAGAACUACUUGCUUCUGGGUUGGAAGGAUAUGUGAACCAAGCACGGCGUGUGGAGGAACUCUUUGGGAAGAUCUGGCCUCCUCCAAAUGUUUGAACACACUCUAUGAUGAGGACCCGACCAUAUGCAACAAGGCUUUAGUCCAAAAGAAUAAUAACAACAGGCACAGAUACGGCUGGCCAGCAUUUGCUCAUUUGCUUCAAAAAACACUCCUCUUGCCUGUCUGUGUCUGUACUUUGUAGUUUUCUAGAUGACAUGUCAAGAACAUCUUUGUUUCCCUUAAAAUGCUCUGCUGGAUUGUUCGAGACUCUGAACUGAAUCAUCAGAGUUAGUUAUCACUAUGCCUUUUGUAAAAAGAUGGCUGCCAUCAGCUAGUACUGUGAAUCCCCAUUUUCAGCAAAAUGGAAAAAAAACUGCUGAUGAGUGAAAUCGAAUAUCAA